AUGGGUCCCCAAAAUCCAGUGAGAUUGUCCGUUUGUUUGUGCUUGGGGACUGCUGUGUGCUGUCUCAUCCUCUCAUCCCCUGACAGGUUCAAGAAUGCGAACCCUUGGAUACCUCCAAAAAAACUCUUAUGCUGGAGCACUUUGAAGGCGGGUGCUCCAAACAAGAUCAGCUUACCAAUCAUGCCCUUCGUGGAAUACAGGUCAGGGCGGCUAAUGCCAGACCAUAUUCUCGAGGUUCGGUGUCUCAGGGUGGACGCUCCUGAGUGGCGAUAUGAGCUGGUGCAUAGCUGGCCGAGUGGCAUCUCCAUCUUCGUUGGCGACCGACGUGUCCUGGUGAAGAAGCCUGACGAUGAGCACUUCGAGGCAAUCCCUGUCUCAGGCUUCGUGAUCAGCGUGCCCAUCCUGCGUGACGAGGAGGUGGUUGAGCGGGUCAUUCAGCUGCAACCGCCCUUGAAGGAUCUGGGGUGGGUCAUGGAACAUCGGCCGGACCGUGUGUCAAAGAAGGACACGCUUCGAUGUGUCGAGCCGCCGGUUCUAAAGCUCACAGAUUGCACUAGCCUCCUGCGCAUUGAACAAGCAGCACGGGGCUCGGGGUGUGAGCACUUGCAGUGCUUCGACCUCACUUCCUACAUCCACACGAUGCGAAACAUCCCUCCGAAGCAUGCUUGGUGCUGUCCCAUUUGCGACAAGCCAGCUCCGCUCCACCAGCUGCGACUCGAUGCAUUUGCUCAGUCUGUCAUUGACAGCACAGCAGCAAAUGUGACUGAAGUCCUUGUGGCUGACAACGGAAAGUUUGAGAUCAUUUGCGAUCGAUACGGAGUUCCUCAGUAUGCUGGCGAAGUGGAAGCUUUUGAAGAAUAUGUAGAGCGUGCCUGGGACUUGUACUUUGGAAGAGAAGGUCAAGAAUCCCAGGUGUCCACUCCGAUCCACCUUCGCUCAGGCCUAACAGGCCACGCAUACGAAGCUGUCAGAAAGCUGGAGCACUCAAAGCUCCGAACUGCGACUGCUGAAGGAAAAGCCACUGAAGGGGGAAUGAAGUUGUUGAUUCAGACUCUCAAAGAGAGCAUAGCAGCUGAGACGCCAGUGAAGAUUAACGAGCUCUUCUUCACUGCCUUCUACAGCGCUGAUGUCUGGAGAAAACCGCAAGAAAGCAUGCAGCAGUAUAUCAUCAGAAGGGAACAGGACUUUGCUCGUCUCAAGGAGUCCUCCCAAGAGACCACCGUCAGUGACAACCUGAGGUGCAUGAUGCUGCUGACUUUCAGCGGGUUGGAUCAACGUGAACAGCUAGGAGUUUUGGCUUCUGUUGGAAACGAGUACGACUUCAAGAAGGUUUCCCAUGCGCUGAGGAUCCAGUUUCCUCAGAUCAGUGGCAAGCCAGUGUUUCGACGUGACUAUCUAGGAUGUGCACGUGGAGGUGGUCAACAUGGCACUAUGAAAUCGGCCAAGUGGAAGGUCGGUCAGGGCAGGUUCAAGCAACAUGCCUUCCUGGCUGAUGAUCAGGCCGAAGAUGAUGAGCCUGAAUAUGAUGGCGAUGGAUAUUACGAAGAUGAUGACGCUGAGGCCGAGGACGAUGAAGCAGAUGACAGUUACCUCACCUACAGCGACGAUGAUGGCCUUGAUGCUUUGAUUCAAGAAUGUGGUGGAUCGCUGGAUGAUCCGCAGGUUGCGGAAGCCUUUGCAACUGUGGCUCAGUUCAGAGCCAAGAAGAAGGGUUCUGGAAAGAGAAAGCCACAGUCCAGUGGCAGCAGCCAUAGCUACCCGUUCAAAGCUCAUGGCGACAUCCAGUUCGACACCAAGGCCAAGGAGAACCGGAAGAACGCCAUCAAGUUUCUGAAGAGCAUGUCAACCUGCACCUCUUGCAACCAACGAGGUCACUGGGUUGGAGAUCAAGAAUGCCCCAAUUUCAAGCCGAAGGGGAAGGGAAAGGGUCAGAAACCGAAGAAGUCAGGAUCUCCGAAGAAAGCCUCUCAUGCCAUGUUUGUUUUGCACGAUAGUUUGGAAUCUGCAGAUGAGAACGAAGUUCGUUUUGCAUCCUUUGGAAAGCUGCGACCUGUGCACUCCAACUCUGAGCCCAAUGCAGCCCUUGUGAAUGACGCAGCCCCUGGGUAUGACAUCCCUCCAAAGAAUGCCAAAGUUUUCAAGCCCUCCGCAGUUCCAAAGAAUGACAUGGUUUUUGAGAAUGCCAAAGCCCCUGACGCCACUGCAGUUCAUGUGAAUGCCCUGGUCCCUGAGGCCUUUGCAGCCAAUGUGAAUGCCAAGGUCCCUGACUCCAACGAGUACAAGGUUGAUGGAUCUCAGAACCAAUGCACUGCGACAGAGAAGAAAGACCCUGCUGUGCCUGAUGGACCAAGACUUGCCGAUGACAGCAAAAGUUUCACCGAUACAAGUUUUCAUGCGGAAUGUUUCAUGGUCUUGAAAGAGACCCAGCACUGCGAGCAUCUGAGCUACUGCGGCGGAGAUGAGAAGCAAAUCCACCGUGGCGCGAAUGGCCACACUCGUCAUUUGACCUGCAAGCAAUGUGACAAGACUGUGAUUUGUGGCCGUCGCCGCGAAGCUAUCCAAAUGUGGUCAUACCUCGUGCAGGUGGCUUUGUGCACGAAGUUUGGCAGCAAGCUCAGAUCGACUUUGAUUUACCGGAUCUGCUCCAGCGGACUCACAAAGAUGCUGGAGGACAAAGACAAGCAAAAGGCUCUUGGCCAUGUUGCGUCCCCUGGCAGCCCUGGAUGGAGUGUGAUUCCAUCUGAAGCUGACUCCAGUCAGUUAGGCCAACGUGGCUAUUCAGAUGUGCCACGACUUCCAGCUCGGAAGACAGCAACCAUUGUGAGGUCGCCUGAGACCCAAUGCUGGCUCUUUGGUGUGCUGCUCGCUCCAGGCGUCGACUUGCCGCCGUUUCCGGAGCUGAAGCCUGAGGAUUUGGAUGUUUUGCAGCCCUUGCCAGGUGACGACACUGUGAUGCCUGAAGGACCAUUUCGUGGCUACAAGUUUGUGGACAUAGCCACCAACUUUGAGUCCGAGCCCUACUGCAAGCAAGUGAUGCACAUCGCACUCAACCUUGAGCCAAUGUCACCACCUGUUUUUAGGCUUGCUUCGUACUUGUAUGUUCGGUUGCAAAUUGCCUGGCAAGCUGUUGUCAAGCUCAGUGGAACUGGUCAGGUUCUACCUGCUGGCAAACGUCCUUUCAGCCCUGAGGACAUGUUGACAAGCCGGACCAUCAAGGUUCCCCUGCAGCUGGAUUACUAUGAUCCGAGCUCUCUCAAGGUUCAUGAGUGCGAAGUGAUGAUGGUUGAUGAAGACCUCAACUAUGAGGCCUAUGCCGUGCAGCCUGCAGACCCACCUGGUCUUGCCAUACUGGACUCUGGGUGCAACCGCACCAUGCACGGCGAAGAAUGGGCCAAAGCCUAUGAAGAGAAGCUCGCUGAACUUGGACUUCAACCUUCAAUCCGAAACAAGACCCAGCUGUUCAAGGGGAUUGGAGGACAUGCUGAGUCCAAGGUCGUCAAGGCCUACCCUGUUGGACUUGGUGGAGUCAAUGGCGAGCUCCACUCAGCAGAAACACCAGGAAAAACACCAAUGCUGAUUUCACGUCCUUUCAUGCAAACCCUCGGCACAAUCAUCAACCUUGGCGAGGGGACAGUUUCUUUUUCCAAGCUCAACAUCAGAGAUCUUCCUCUGAAGAGAACCAGCCGUGGCCAUUUAGCCAUCUCUCUUUUGGACUUUGAUCAGAACACCAUGUCAGUUUUUGACGAGUUGGUCAAGGGAUAUGAUGAGUUUGAUGUCAAUGCGGCAGAAACUGAGGCCUUGGACUUGGCUCCUGGAUUUGAGCCGGCCUCUGAGGCUAUUGGAUUUCCUGCUCUUGGACUUGAGCAAGCCUCCGAGACCUUGGAUUUGGCUCCUGGACUUGAGCCGGUCUCGCCGCCAAGUGAUGCCCUCAGCUACGACGAUGGGCUUGAUCCUGACACCAGGCGCGAGUCACAGGAUACCUGGGAUGUCGUCUUUGGCAUCGAUGAAGCUGAGUUAGAAAGGGUCAUGAAUCAGCAUCAUGAAGGUUUUCACUGCGAGAGCACAGAUGUUUUCCUGGAAGAGGUUGAAAAGGGUUUCUUUUCAGUUCGAAAGCCCAGCAGCCGAAAAGCCAAAAAGAUUGCUGCGAUGGACACCGCACUUUGCGGGAUGGAUGCUUUGGUUUCCAAUCAGCUCAGGAUGCAGCAAGCCUCAAAGGCUGCCAGAAAGCCUCCAACCGGAAAAACAUGGCUCAAACAAGUUUUUGCUGGACAGAUGGGUUUGACCAUUUUGGCAGUUUUCCAUGGUAUGGUUUUUGGUAUCCCUCGCGACAUCUCCUUGGACGGCUGGGACGCUUUGACUCCUGCUGGAAGGCGUCAGCUUCACCAAGACUUCCAACAGGAAGAUCCCUUUUGCACUGUGCUGACGCAACCGUGCGGUCCAUGGGGGAAUUGGUCGAGGUUCAACAUCUCCAAGGGUGGCAGCGCUUCUGUCACCGUCCUUCAACUGCGAGAAGAUGGUCGUCCCUUGCUGAAAGUUGUUAACAAGACCAUCAAGGAUAGACUCCGUGCCAACAGGCACAUCUUCAUGGAACAACCUCUUGGGUCACAAGUCCUUGAUGAACCUGAAAUGGCAGAUGUUAGAAAGUUGGUUGAGGACGGCACUUUGCUGUUCAUCGUGGUUGACGGCUGCAUGGUUGGCUACAAAGAUUCCGUCACCGGACUGCCCAACAAGAAGCCUUCCUUUUACAUCACAUCAAUGUUGUGUGCUGAGAGCGUUUUUGCAACAUGCCGAUGUGAUCAUAGCCAUGAACAUCAACCACUUGAGGGCAACAAUGAGUUUGGCCCCAGAACCACUCAAGCUGCAGCAUGGCCUUCCGAGCUCAAUCAGAUGGUUUUGGAUUGCAUCAUACAACAAGCCGCCAUUGAGGAGCACCUCGCUGAUGAGAUCUAUGCUGGUGAUGCUCAGCGCCGUCCUGCGAGCGGUCUCUCUGGGAGAUCUCCCAAGCGCCGCAGACAGGGUCGAAUGGCAACGAUCUCAAGCCCAGCUCCGCCAGUUUAUGUGCGACCACAAGGAGCUGAAGCACCUCAACCAGUUGGCGAACUUGGUGAUCUACCUCCAGAUGAUGACUCAUCUUUUCGAGCUCAACAAGCUGCAGCACUGGACCCAAUCCUCAACCAGACAGAAGCUGAUCGCCGACAUCAAUGGCUUCAAGUGGAUCCUGAGAUUCGCAAGUUGCUCAGGACCUUGCAUGUCAAUUUUGGACAUCCAACCUCAACAACAAUGCAGAGAAUCCUGCGACGUCAGGGGGCAAAGCCGGAAGUCGUCCGAGCCGCUGGACUUAUGGCCUGUGACGCUUGUGGUGAAUCGAUCCGGCAGAAACGUCCCAAGCCUGUGAGAAUGCCAUCGGCCUAUGUGUUCAACCAGCACAUCCUUGCCGACACCUUCUAUGCCAAGAACAGCCAAGGCAAAAGUUUAGCCUUCCUCAACAUCCUUUGCGAUGCAACUGGGUUUCAAGUGGUUUCUUGCCUUGGAGAACUGACUGGGACGCCAUCAUCUGGCAUUGUGCUCCGUCACUUUUUGACUUCAUGGUCAUCUUGGGCUGGACUUCCCCAUUCUCUCCAAGUUGACCGUGGCAAGGAGUACAUGGCUCAGUUCUCAGACUACCUGAAGCAGUAUGGUGUCGAGCAGCAAGUGAUUCCUCUUGAAUCACCUUGGCAGAAUGGAAAGUGCGAACGUGCUGGUGGCCUUUGGAAAGAAGUCUGGGCCAAGACAGUUGUUGAUGUUGAUGUUUCAACACUUGCAGAUGCAAUCACUGCCGCGUCAAUUGUGACGCAAACCAGAAAUGCCUUUCCACGCACCAAUGGGUACUCGCCCAACCAGUGGGUACUUGGCCAUCCUGAGACCCGCCUUCCAGGCAGCCUUCUCAGUUCAGAUGAGAGCCAACAACUUGAAGUUCUCGAAGCAGCUGAAAACCCCCACAGUGAAAUGGCAAAGACUUUGGCCGUUCGUGAAGCUGCUCGAGUGGCUCAAAUUCGUUUGGAUUCAGAUAGCCGUGUGAGGCGAGCACUGUUGAGAAAGAGUACACCAACACGUGGACCUUUUCCUAUUGGAUCCUACGUGUACUUUUACAGGCGCCAGCCUCAGCAACGGCAACAAGAUGGCCGACCUUACAACUGGUAUGGACCUGCGAGAGUCAUUGGACUCGAACUUCGCAACCCACGCCGCACUGAAGACGGCGAUCCAGCCACUGAUGGCUCAGCCCCAAGCAGCUAUUGGCUCCGCUAUGGUCCCAGCGUGAUUUUGGCCUCUGGUGAACAAUUGAGGUUUGCAAGUGAAGAUGAGCUUUUGGCAGCUCACUAUGUGCCCCACUAUGCCGUGGAGCAGGGAAGCGACCGUGGAGCCCGCAACUAUGUUGACAUCCGCAACCAGCUUCAGCAACCAAUGCUUCAGCUGCAGGGGGGUGGUGUCAACGCCGAUUUUUGGCGAACUUUUCCAGAUGGACGAGUUGUUCGGGUCCACAACGUUCCCAGAAAAGCACUUUAUGUUCCUGAUGCUUGCCCAGUACCACUUGACCAACUCCAAGAUGAACGAGUGACUGAGGCCAUUUAUGAGGCUGAGAUGCGUGAUCACGUCCUCACGGACACCAUCACCGACAACUGGCGUCAAGACCUUGGACGCGAACUUGUGGCCAAAUGGGUUGGCGAAACAAUUUUCAGGACAACACCGACUACGACCUUGGCAAGUUCCUCAGCCCGGCCUGCAUCAGGACAAUUUGUGUCCCAACCUGCAAUGCCUGCGAUUCCUGAAGAACGACCAACAGUCUUUGAUGACCCGCCUCCAGAUGCAGAGCAAGAGAUAAGGACGGGCGAUGUGCCUUUGCAACAACAGCAGCAGCAGCAAAGCCAUGCUGGCCAUAUGAGACAGGUGACCGAGCAAGAACCUGAUCCUGGUCCGCAGACCCCGAGGGAUCAACAACUUCCUCAACAACCUGCUCCUGUUGCUCCCUUCAUUGCUCAGCUUCACCAAGCGAUGCGGAAUCCACAACGACUUGAUGGGCAUCCUGGCGGAAGCUAUGGACUACCUCGAACAGCACCAGAACCAAGCUAUGGUCCUCAAGGUGGAGGUGCCAGAGUUUUCACUGGGCCUUAUCUUGGAGAAGCUGUCCAAGAGAAUGAUUGGCCUGCUGGAUGCGAAGAUCUAUCUGACCGACUUGCUCAUCGACGUCUAGCUGAUGCGUCAGAGCACACUGACGAUUCCAUGUCUGAUGACUCCACAUGCUACGAGGAGAAUCCCAAGCUUGAAGCGUUCCUGACUGGCAAGGCAGUUCGGUCCGAGAUCGACCUCAACGACCUUUCAGUAGAAGACCGUGCCAAGUUUGACCAGUCCAUGGAGAAGGAGUGGAACUCUUUCAAGAAGUUUAGCGCUGUGGAGAUCCUCUCAGAAAGCCAGAUCGCAGCUCUUCCUCAAGACGCUGAGAUUGUGAACACGCGAUGGGUUCACACUGACAAGAACCAGAAGCCGCGCUUGAUGGCUGGUGCAAUGCGGCGACGCACUGGGAAGUCUGAAGCUCAGAUCAAGAAGGAGUACCCCUUCGAAGCCAAAUCCAGAAUGGUUGUCAUUGGCUGCCAGGAGAAGGACACUGGCAUCAGAUCUGACUCUCCCACUGCAUCACUCCUGGCCUUCAACUUUGUGACUUGUUUGUCAGUUAUUUUUCAGUGGAUUUUGGAAGCGUAUGAUGCGAGCACAGCAUAUCUCCAAUCUCAAGGAAUAGCACGUCUCCUGCUUCUCCGUCCUCCUCGACCACCACCUCCUGGAGUUUCCCCACAUGACUUGCUGCGUGCGAAAGGCAGCAUUUACGGCACGCGAGAUGCUGGCCGUAGCUGGUGGAAGACACUUUUCAAAGCUCUCCAGCGACUUGGCUGGGUGAUGUCAAAAUUGGAAGCUGCACUGUUUUACCUUUUUGACUCUGAAGUUUUGGUUGGUGCGCUCGUAGCCCACGUGGAUGACCUCUAUUCCACUGGCACCGGAAAGAAGUAUGAGGAGUCCUUGAAAGUUUUGGGGAAAGAAAUUUAUUUGAAGAGGAAAGUUGGUGAUUUUCGUUUUUGUGGAAAGAAUGUGAAACAAAACCAAGAUGGAUCUGUUUCUUUGGACCAGAUCGACGCAAUUGAGAGUUUGGAAUAUAUGGUUUUGCAGAAGAACAGGCGCGUCAUGCCGAAUGCGCCGUUGAAUGAGGAUGAGAAGUCAGCCUUCAGAGGGCUGAUUGGUUCACUUGGAUGGAUUGCCCGUCAGACCAGACCUGACGUGCUUGUGAACGUUUCCCUGGCAUCCCAAACAAUGGGAAAUCCGACGAUCAAGGAUGUCGUGGAGCUUAACAAGAUUGUCAAGGUUCUAAAGGAGAGCUAUGACUUCAAGUGGAACUUUGUCCCAAGCUCCAACCUCACUCUGGAGAAUGCCGUGGUGUUUUGCAUGGCUGACAGCAGUUUCGCAAACACGACCAAGCUGCGAAGCCAGUGUGGCUAUGUGGUUGGUCUAACCACUGCUGACUUCACCUCCGGCGAUGACACGCCGGUGAUGAUACUGGAAGCUUACAGCGGAAGCAUCAAGCGUGUUUGUCGCAGCACUUUGGCUGCAGAAACAAACGGCUUCCUCACCGCGACCGAGGCCGCCGACUAUGUGAGGAUGCUCUUGCCGGAAGUGAAGCAUCCAGGUGUCUCCAUGGUUGACUUGGAUAGGUUUUACCUGAAGGGCCUGCUCACCGCGUUGACUGACGCGAAGUCCUUGGAAGCCACUCUGAACAAGGAUGCUGGCCAGCCUGCUGAUAAGCGAGUGAAAAUACUUGUCAGCCAAGUGAAAGAGUUUCUUGGCGGCGACAGCUAUGAAGAUGAUGGUUCAGUACGCUGCCAUUGGUGUGACACAUCGCAGAUGCUAGCCGACGUUUUGACGAAAGCUGGAUGUGAAAGAGAACCUCUUUUGGAUGCGAUGACCACUGGAAAAUGGCGCCUGAAACCAAGCGCCGAAGCCGAAGAAACCAAACAGAAGAUCCGAGAUGGAAGGAGACGCAGAAAAGCUGAGAAGCAAUACUCUGCUGCAGGUGAGGUUUCUGCAACGGAAGAUGCCUUCCAAGAUUCCUCCGAUGAAGAGGCCCUGAAGGCCGAACAGGCUGCCCAAUCCGCCGCCGCCCAAUCCGCGGCGCCGCCACCGCGGCCCGCGGGGCCGCAACUGACGCAGGCGAGAAGUAAGUGGGCCCGGGAAAGGGGUGGUCCAUCAGCAGAGGCCAUUGCGGCCAUUCAAGCGAACUUCAAGAAGAAUCCCGCCCAGGCCCAAGCGAGCUUCAGCUCCAGCUCCGAACUCAUGGAGGGCCUGGUGAGCAACGGCCAGCUGCGCAACUUCCCAAUCAAGGCGGAUGAGCCGGAGAGCUUCGGGGGCAAGGACUCGGCACCAAAUCCCGUGGAGAUUUUGCUAUUCUCCUUGGGUGCUUGUCAAGAGAUCACCACCAAAGCCUUCGCCAAUGCCAUGGGUGUGCCACUGACGCGCGUGUCAGUGGAGCUUACGGGUCACAUCGAUUUGCGCGGAUUCUUCGCAGUGGAUGACAGCGUCCGGGCGGGCUUCAAUAAGCCGAGUUGCAACAAGCCGCGCUUAACCUUGGUCGCGCCUUUGGCGCCGUUGGCGCCCAAGGUCACGGUGACGGUGUCGGCCGCCAGCCCUCCUCCCGAACGCGAGAAGCAGCCGGAGAAGGAGAAGCCCAAGAAGAGGAGUCGGAGUCCGAAGAGAGGCAUGAGAUACCGCGACAAGCAGCUGGUGAUGUCCUUCUUGGAACGUCAUGGCUUUGAGGAUGUUUUCAGCCCCCGGCGCCUCGAGUCCUGCUGCAUCCAAAUGAGCCCGGUUCUUCCCAUCGAAGUAGCUAUUGAGUUGGACAACGCGGCCAUGGUGAAACUCCUCAGGGAUGCUGGGGCCAAUCCACCUGGUCUUGCCACCAAAAGCUGGCGAUGGAUCUGUCGGUGCGUGCCAAAGAAGAAUGCUGAGAGGCCUAGAAAAAGUUGCUUGAGAGUCAAGUCUGUGUACGAGGACGGGAUUGUUUCAGUCACUUUUUAG